AUGGGAUCUACUAUCGACUGCCACCCACCUCUGAAUGACCUCUUCUCCAUCCGGGACAAGACAGCCAUAUGUACUGGUGUUACGGGUGGAAUAGGCCAAGAGUUGUGUCUUACUCUAGCCCAGGCCGGUGCCAAUAUUGUUUCUAUACAAUUAGUGGACGACCCAAAUGGCCCUAAACUCCGUGCCGCUGUCGAAGCACUGGGACGAUCCUUCAGUGCAUUUGAGUGUGAUAUUUGUGACUCAAAGGCUCUACGAGAAACAUUUGGCAAAAUUUGGAGGAAUGAGAUUCAGCCUGAUAUUUUGCUGAAUUGUGCAGGAGUGAAUCGAAGGGGAAAGGUCGAAGAUUUGACCGAUGAGGACAUUGAUGUUGUCCUCGGAACAAACCUCAAAGCAAGCUACGUUGCGGCCCAAGAAUUUGGGCGACAAUUAAUAGCACUUGAGCGCCCUGGGAAGAUCGUGAACAUUGGUUCGAUGCUCUGUUUCCUAGGAAUGUAUAAUGUUUCUGCAUAUGCCGCCUCUAAAGGAGGCGUCUUGCAAAUGACAAAGGCUUUUAGCAAUGAAUGGGCCUCGAAAGGUAUUCAGGUCAAUUGUAUUUGUCCCGGGUAUUUAAAAACACCUAUGACGAAGAAGAUCGUGGACGAUCCCGAAUACAGCUCAUAUAUCAUGACACGUACUCCAGCUCGGCGUUGGGGUGAACCCAAAGAUUUACGAGGAGCACUCAUCUUCUUAGCGAGCCCCGCCAGUGAUUUUGUAACAGGGACCAGUAUUGUGGUCGAUGGUGUUUUUUUCUCUUUCUCACCUUAUCACCUUGUCGACCUUGAAAACUUGAACAUUAUGCCUACCAUUAUGGUGGCUGUUUUUCGUGGGGACCCGAUCGACUGGGCUAUGUAUCGACACACAGCGAUUCACGUUCGAUACGCAGAUGGAGAAGAUCAUCUUCUGCAUGUAACCGGCGCACACCCGUUUUUCGAAUACACACCGCAACCCGAAGACCCAACGAAUAUCGGCUUGAAGGUGGAGGCGCUAAUCCCGGUAUCGAGCCCUGGGGAUUCCUUCACGAAAGAAAUGAUCGAGAAUUCGUGCGCGCAAACACCAGUUCGAAAUGAUCCUCAUAAUAAAGAUUGGAACUGCCAGAAUUGGGUGGGAGAAGCACUAACGGGUCUGGUUUCGAUUGGCUGUGUAACCAAGGAGCAAAGAUCAACUGCGCUAGGGAGAAUGUUGGAUGUUUGUCUGGAAGCUGAAGAGGAAUGA